AGGAGUACAGCUAUAGAAGCUGAUCACCAUGCCAAUGUCGAUACAUACCCGUGGUCCGUUCUGUGUGGGGAUUUCCAGCUGCUUGCCAGGGGGAAGGGGGUCCAGUCUGGGUUCCAUCACGAUUCCAGCGGCGUUAAGUUAGUGGCCCUUCCCGCCCGUACCUUGGUGCAUAGCGCCCCUGGCUGUCGAAACCACACCAAGCUACCGCACACUUAUCCCAACAAAGUGCGUUAUACCUGAAGACCAGUUUCUCGACAGAUCUCCGAGUCGCCGCGCAAGGUUCGAAGACCUGUUCCCGAUAUAAUCACCAACCAGAGCCGCCCGCGAUGGCAUCCAAAGCCAUGUGGGAGGUUGACCCAGAAACGCGGUCCAAGCUCGCCGCGUUGCAGAAAGAAUCAAGCAACAACGUUUGCUGCGACUGCAAUGCUCCGUCACCCCAAUGGGCGUCGCCCAAGUUUGGCAUCUUCAUCUGCCUGACUUGCGCUGGCAAGCACCGCGGUCUGGGCGUCCACAUUUCGUUUGUGCGCAGCGUGUCCAUGGACGCCUUCAAAGCCAUCGAGAUUGAGCGCAUGCGCCUAGGUGGGAAUGCUGGCUGGCGGAAAUUCUACGAAGAGCACGAGUCGACCGACAAGAGCAGCAUCACCUGGGAUGACGGCACCGAUUCGGACAGAUACACGAGCGAAAUAGGGGAGGAAUGGAAGGAGAGGCUGACGGCCAAGGUGGAGGGCAAAGAGUACGUGCCCAGCGAGAAGAAGCCUGCGCCCGCGCCCGUCAAGAAGCAGUCAUCGUUUGCCACGUCUGGCUCCCGCUCAGGCACGCCGCUCAGCGGGUCGGCAAGUCGCAGCGAGAGUCCCUCGCAGCAGCAGCAACCUGGGGGCAAGGUGAAGGUGGACGACGAAUACUUUGCGCGUCUGGGCAACGCAAACGCCACUAGGCCGGACCAUGUUCCUCCCAGCCAAGGAGGCAAGUAUGCAGGCUUCGGCAACACACCUGGUCCCGCCUCGGGCGCGCAGAAUCCGCCCUCGUUUGAGGAUAUGCAGAAGGAUACGGUGGCGGCGAUUACAAAGGGCUUUGGGUGGUUCACGUCGACAGUGACCAAGACCGCCAAGAACGUCAACGAUGGGUAUCUACAGCCCGCGUCGAAACAGUUUUCUCAGACUGACUUUGCGCGCCAGGCACAGACUACAGCGGCCAACUUGGCUAAGCAAGCACAAGCUGCCGGCAAGAAUGCCUCUGAGGGCUUCAAUCGCUUCGUAGAGGGAGAUGAACAGGGGGCCAAUGCGCGAUCGCCGCGCGCCUCGAACAUGGAUGAGAACAGGAGGAGUUUCUGGGAUGACUUCUCCAACCUGGCAGACCAGAGAAAGGAGGCAGGCAGCGCCGGUUCCAGCGCCAUUGGAACCAGUGCAAUGGGCAAGGGGCGAGCCGGUGGAGGCGCCACGCCGCCCGCAAAGAAGAAGAACGAUGAGUGGGAUGAUUGGUAAAGCCACAGGUGAAUGGCGAUGCGCGGCAGGGAGGGAGUGCUUGCUUGUCGAAGAUUAGACCUUCAUGCUAGGAGCUAGGCGUUGGAAUAUAUGCGGCGUUAGACUAUGUGACGAAUGCGGAUACAUGUACUUGAUCCCGAGUCCAAUCACUGUGAACCAGUACAGACAAUAAAGGACAGGAUUAACCUGUUGUUUGAGCCAUAGUGAUCAACUACGAGUUCCAAAGCUUCGGGUACGUACCUUAGGUACCUUGGUGCGCAUGCCGAAGCCGGAGUUUUGUUAGACGACAUAAAGUCACGUGCGUCCUGGCCCGAGGUUGGAGGC